CGCUCGACAGCUACUGCAUGAUCUUGCCUGACCUCACCGUCCACCAAGAAAAACUUAUAUACGCGUCCAUCCCCGCCUCAUUGCCGUCGUGCUUGCGCCCAUCGACUGCUGACUGGAUACUCUGCGCUCUAACCUUCCUCAUCUGCACCUAGCUCUACCUAUUCUCCACCCCGCCAUACCUUGUAAGCUCCUUGCGGCGCAUCUUUUCAGUCUCGACGCCAACUUUUUUCCGCCGUGUCGCGACGUGCGCUUGUAGAUGUCCUUGUCAUGAGAUUCAGUCCUAGCCCGCCUCAAGAAGCAGAGCACAUCCGCCACCAGCAAUUGACACCAGAAUCGCCGCGCCCCCAGAACAAUCCCUCGCCCUCGAACAUUCCCAUUCUCAUCUUAGAUAAACAGAUGGACCCCGUCUUCAAUGACUCCCCCCACAGCCAUGGCGCGUCGACACCCGCGCAAUACGCCUCGCAGUCGCAGCCUUCGAGCGCCUUUUCGACCACGCCGUACUACGCCGAGCAGGCAUCCACAGCUGGCUAUCAAAAUCAGAAUGUAGGAGCGCAGGGCUCUGGAGGUGGUGUGAUGCCAGCAGGAAUCUCACAGUCGGCGUUCGGCGGCGGCCGUAUGGGUGCGCAGACGCAGGAUACCUCAUCAAUUCAGACUUUCUCUGCGCAGCAUCAGUCGCGCGCUCCGUCGUCCAGUGAUGCGCAGCAGCCACCCGGUACAGACCAUCACUCUGCGUAUCCAUUUGCUCAUGACAAUGCGCAUGCGGCCCAGCAUGCCCCAGCCCUGCCUGCCCCAGGUGCUCACUACCAGGCUGCCAGCGCCGGCGCCAGUGUUGACAUACAGGCCUUGUUGGAUUCCUUGACACCCUCUGCGAACCAUGCGCCCUCAGGCCAAUAUGCUGUUCCCCACAUGCCUACCCAGUCUGCACACCCGCAGCCCAAUGCAUCAGCCUCGUCACUCCCCGCGGCUCCCAGUCUUCCCGCCCGACCUCCUGCGCAAGACAAGCCUGCUACACAUCCAAACUAUAACCCGAACGAUGACAUCAGGUCCUUUCACCCACAUAGCCAGAAGCCAUCCAACCCCCAACAGGAGGGCAAUGGCAAGUUGCAGUCUUUAAAUGUGCGAGGGCAAGACUUCUCUUCAGCGCCGCGACCGUCUGCUCAGAGUCCCAGCACGUCGGGUACCUUCCAGCGACACGCGGGUCAACGUAGUGAGACUCCCGACGACGAAGAUGCGCGGUGGCCGCCAGAGAUUAACAAAAAGUAUGAGGAGUUUCUGGAUCAGGAGAGGAAGUUUGUGACAGAAGGACAAUGGGACCAGUUCCCUGUGGGCUCUCGUCUCUUUAUCGGCAAUCUACCUAGUGAGAAGGUCACCAAGCGAGACGUCUUCCACCGCUUCUAUCGUUACGGCAGACUCGCACAGAUAUCGAUAAAGCAGGCAUAUGGGUUCGUUCAGUUCCUGGACGCAGAGUCGUGUCGCCAGGCACUACAGGCGCAAGAUAGACAGACAAUACGUGGGAAACCUAUGCACUUGGAAAUCUCGAAACCUCAGCGUAACACGAAAAAGGCAGACCCGCAGAAUAACGGAGCACGGCGCCGCUCACGAUCGCCAGAUUAUACACGAGGUGGUCCAGGGCCUACAAGAGAUGGUCGAUAUGGCGGGGGCCAGAAUUCCAUGUCUCCCAGGGAUCGACGGUUCCGCGAUCGAGACGAUUACAGACCCAUGCGAUCGCCCUCACCACGUGGUGGGCCUCGAGGUAUGAGACCAAGGGAUCGGAGUCGCGACAGGUACGACACCCGAUACCGGAGUCGAUCGCGGUCACCGCCUCGCCGGUACAGGAGUCGUUCUCCACGACGGGAUUAUGCCGAGGACGACCUCGACGGCCUGCCUCGUAGACUGCCACAUGAAGUGCCUGAGAUCCAAGUCCUUGUUCUUAACCAGGGAUUGCCUAGUGAUUUCAUCCGCUACGUCGAGGAUUCGUUCCGCGCCCAAGGCCUCCGCUGCGAUGUACUUAUCAUGAGCGGUCGUUAUCCCGAGCCAGCCAUUGUUAGAAGACAGAUUCUCGAAGGUGUACUGGCUAUUGUGCGACUCGACACAUCGUCCCUAGUCAAAGGCAAUGUAAACGUGCAGGUCUUUGAUCGACGGAGUGGGGCAACCAACGUGCAAUUCAACGAAUACGCCGACCUCGACCUAACAACCGUAUCCAUGCUCGUCAACCAAGCCAAACAAUCUCAAUCCCAGCCCGUCCAACCACCCGCGCCGACAUACGGCUACAACCAGUACUCGCAACCACCACCAGCUAUGUUCCCUCCUGCCGCCCAGCCGCAGCCAAACCUCACAAACGUCCUCGCUUCCCUCAACCCCAACGCGCUCGCACAACUACUAGGCGCAAUGUCCAGCCAGACGACUCCCAUCCAGACCCCGCAACCCGCACCCGCGCCCGCACCUUCGGGUCUGAACGUCGAUAUCGCGCGCUUGCUGGCUCAGGUCUCCCAGCCCCCGGCACAGCAUCCUGUCCAGCCACUCCAACCGCCCCAGCAGCAGCCGCCGCAGACAUCGGGAUUCGCCGCCCAGCAGCUUUCAAAUCAGUUCCCCGGUCUUGCGGGGUUGCUGGCGGGCCAGGGCCAGGGGCAAGGACAGGCGGGCACUGCUGCUCCGCCGCCGCAGCAGCAACAGCAGACGCCAGGCCAGAACGGCGCGGCACCGAGUGUCAAUGUGGAUAUGAGUGAGAUUAUGGCGCAGCUGCAGAAGUAUCAGCGCUGAUGUGUUGGGGCACGUAGGUUGCUAACACGAAGUAUCGACUUGUAGGGACAACGGGCUCACUGACUGAUUAGUACAGGAUUAAUGGGUGGGGGCGUGUAUAUCUUUGGAGUUCUCGCCUUUAGUUCGAACGGGGAAUUUGUUAGCAGCGGGCUCGGGUUGGUUUCUUGGUCACGAGCGCGGUCUGACUUGACAUGCGUUCUUGGUAUUGGUAUUUGUGCUUUUUCUGGCGUGGCGCUUUUGGGUUGAAGUCGGUUUCUUGGCUUUAUGCAACGAGCAUGCGUAUGCGUACUGGGGGCGUUUUUUCUCUCUUGAGUCGUAGCGGGUUGUUCUUGGGCUGUGGGGUGGAAAUUGGCUGGGUUGGAUCGGGGGGUGUGUGUAUUUACAGUACAUUCAGUAGAAAUAGCUACAUCCAUAGCGAAGCAGAUAUUUCACAAGCG